CCACUUGCAAAAAUACAGAAAAUAUUUAUUAAGCAGCUUUAAAUUGGUGCAUUUUUUUCAUAAAGCAGUUUGCAUAGUACUUGAAGCUGCAAAAUAUUUGAAUUUAAAAUUAGAGAUUUUUUAAAGGUAUAGCUUCAAGCUGGAAUGAUUUCAUAAUCAAAUAAGGACCAGCACAUCAUAAACACUGAAAAAAAUCUAAACAGAAUUUACACUCUCACACCAACCAAACAGCAGAAAAUAAUACAAGUGCAAUUACUGGCUGCUAUGGGAACUGUUAUCCACCAAAUGGUUUUCUUACAGUACUGAGAUUUUUGUCUCCAUACUGCAUGCUUUCAACAAAUGUGGUUUGCAUUUCACCCAGGAAACACAGGAUCUCCUUUUUAAUAUCUAUAUAAAAAAACCUAAGCGUUUGACAUUAAGUUGUCUAUAGUAAAUAACUGACAGGAAGCAAACUGUUCAAAGUUGGAAACAAAUAAAGAUUUACGACCCUGCAGUGGUAAAAUUCAUAUUAAAUUCAUAAGUUGGAAAUCCACAGAGGGAGAAAGGAAGGGUUUUGGCGAAAGGCAAGAUGAUAGAUUGAACUAAGAGAACUUUAAAUUGGGCAAGAACUGUGUGGGAAAUAUGAUUUUUUGAAUGUUUCUUCUGAAAUAAGGCAAACUUGUAAAAACAGCACUGGGGACAUGGAAGAUUCCAAGGUGGCCUGAGAGGUCAGGAGAAGAGAAUGAGUGAUGUGCUGUGCUCAGUUAUCUCUUCAAGAAACAAGAGGGGCUUGAAGAAAUAGGCCUGUUGGUGAAUGGGAUAAACAGAGACAUAGUUGGAUAUAAAUAUUUGGAAAUCAUGGCAUCCUCUCAGGUGAAAUAAAAAAAUGUUGACAUUAGCUACCAGGAAGCAAAAAUGGCACAACCUCAACUGGCAGAGGUAGAUAAACACUCACGGACAUUGACCACCUGAACUGCAAGAAAACUUUGGGGUGAAGCACAGAGACUGAAAUAAUGAAAGCUGAAAAGAGCUUUUUAAGAGAGAGAAUGGUUAGAAAAUUAAUAAAGAUUACUCUUUCAAAGAGGGAAAAGCAAAUCGAAGUUUCAGAACAUGAAAGGCAACAUGAAGAAAUAGAUAAAAAAAAUAAUGUUGAGGCAAGCUGAAAAUAUUAAGAGCACAAUAUUAGAAGAUAACUUUCUCCUUCCUCACAUUUUUUUGAAAAUCAUAUUUGUGUAGAAAGCCACAGAGAAACAAGUCUACUCCCAUGGACAUACUGAACUCCAGCAUGAACACAGAGUGGAAUUAGAUGGUUACAAUAAUACCACACAUGAAGUAGAAAUUACAAUUGACAAAAAUAACAUAAGGCAAUGAACAAUUAAGGAAGGACAAAGAAGGCUGAGGGAAAAUUUUGUCACAGCAACUGAUUUUCUCACUGCUGAAGGUGCAGGCAUCAGCCUCAGGAAUGUCCAGUUUUCUCAGAUAAUUAUCAGUCUUUGAAGACCAGAGGUGUACCCUCCACAAAGAAUCACCAGACAAAAGCGUUUACCUGCAGAAGGUGCUGAGACACUCCUCAAGAUUAAUUUAGUCAAAUGCAGCAAACUGUGGCUGAUCUGAGGGUCUGAAUAACCCUGUUUCCUGCUGGAAAGCACAAUCUACCUUGGAAACAAGGAUCAUGCAGAAGUCUUGACCUCCAAAAGAAUGUGUUGCUUACAAUGUGUUUUUCAAAAGGAACAAGCUUUUAGAAACUGUGUUUUCAAAUAGAGAUUUUUCAUGUUUUAGUUAAGGCUUUUAGCAGUGUAAUGACAGAAUGGAAAAAUGAGAUCUUCACUGCAAAAGGCAGAAUUCUGGCAUCACUCAAGAAGAGGACCACAACAGGAGAUAACCAGAGCUUGAGAUAAUCAAACCCAGUGAUGACGAAGAAACAGAAAUUCGAAAGUGUGGUUCACUUGGCAAAGAAACACUCUUCUCAUAGGCACAGUUUUGCUCAUCACUACUUUGGAUAUGAAACUAUAAGCACAAACAUAGGAUUGUCAGAGUAUGUGGCUGCCACAGUAAGCACACUGCACAGACAGGAGAGGAUCUUCUUACAAAGCAGAAAAGGAGUUACAAGAUGCAAGCACACCUGAGGGAAAAGUAAACAGUGCUGGAGAAGAGAACUUAAAUCUCAGGAUAAAAGAGCUGGAAAAGUCAGAGCAAAGCCUGAAAGGUGUUCUAGAGGACUACGUGGAGUCAGAUUCUAUCCUAAGACAUAGGAUGAAAGAGCUGGAGCUGUCACACGAGAAACUUCUUGUGAUGAUUGAUCAGCUCAAUGAGAAGUUACAAAAGGUUGAAAAUGCCAAUGUGCGUGUUAAAGGGAAACUGCAAGACAUUCAGGAGGAUCUGACCAACUUGGUUGAAAACCAAAAAAAGUCAGAGAAGAAGCAAAAGGAAAAAUUGUGUUGGCUUCAGGAGCAGCUGAAGACAAAAGAAGAAGAAAUCAAAAGCCAGUCAGAAUAUUUUGAGCACUACAAACAAAGGCAGAGACAACAGACAGCAGUACUGAGAAAGAGGGAAUGUUACCUUCAGGGUGAGGUAUCUAGGCUGGAAAAGCAAGUCCUAGAUCUUAGUGGCCAUGUUGCUCUUUUGACAUCCAAAAUAGAAGAGGGAAUGGUGCAGCAUCUCCAGCAGGUGCUGGAAUCAGCAUUCAGUGGGACUCAGGGUUAUAAACACCCUGACAUGGAAGUAGUGGAAUUGAAAACUUGUAUUGAAAAUGUGGAGCAUGAUGUGAAAAGCCACGCUGAGGCAUUUCAGCAAAAUCUGAAGUUCCUAAGGGAAAAAGAAGAGGACCACAGAAGAGAACAGGGACACCUGCUGACUGAACUGCAGUGCUCUCAGGACAAUGAAGACUUCCUCAGAACAAAACUGGAAGAAUCUUACCAUCAUGUCUAUAGUUUGAAAUUAUCUGAAAUCAAACUACAGGAAAAAAUGGAAGAGCUUUUGGAUGAAAACAGAGCUUUAAAAGAUCAAGGUAGAGUGAAGUUGAAAAAGAAGAAAGAAAAAGAUUCACAACUUGCAAGAUUGGAGAAUAGAGACAACAGUGUUGACCUGCUAUGUCAACUGAAUGGAGAUCUAAUUCAGGAUGAAGUUCAAAAUCUUAAAUGGAGACCAGUCUUGGAUUCACUCAGAAGCAGAGCUACUCAAACACCAGUUGUGCUGCUACAUGCUAAAGAGUCUGAAACACCGGGAUGUAGUCAUGAUGGACUAAAGCAGAUGGAGGAGCAACCAGAAGAACCUGUACCAGUCUGGGAAGGCAAUUCCAGUGUCUUUGUGAAAGCUGCUGGUCUAGCUGAGGCUGAACAGGUCACCCUUGGAACAGAGAAGGCAGGAACUCUAGAAGAUAGUUUCACUUUGUUUGGGUGUACCCAAAUUUGUCAUGCAGCAGGACUGCUUUCUCCUUACUCUGAGAAGUUAUCUGAUGGUGAGACAACUAAGAAAACCAAAGGUGAAGAGACCAUUUUUCUCUUGAAGGAACAAGCUGUAAUUCUACCAGCAAAGACAUUCCCUGCUUGUGUGGUUGAAGCCUUGAUGAGGAAGAAGCUCCAGCUUACUUUGUUCAAACCUGAAAGCUGCCACACAUCAGCUGUCACUGCUGUGAAGAAAGUGAUAAGUGUGAGUUUCUGUGAGGCAAACACUCAUCUUUGGUCUUCUGGCUUCUGCAUUGUUGCAGAAGGGGGAUUUUAUGACAAAGUUCCUGCCCUUCUUCAUGGAAUGUUGCCUUCCACUGUGACUGAAAUUUUCACAUCAUGUCUAGAAAAAUACAACAUGGAAAAACAUUGGGAAAACAAGCAAAUUCUGCCAAAAAGCCUCAGUGAAAAUAGAUGUCUGGAUAAAGUUGUUGAUGAUGAAAAGUAUCACCAAAAAAUCUCUAGAGAGAGAGCUAAAGGAGAAGAAAUACAGACUGAGAAAGCCCAGCCACAACUGGUGACCUCUAUUCUUGAGGAAAGUUCUAAAUUUUUAUAUAACACUGAGUUCAUCAGGCCUGAGAAGCAAGGAAUGGAAGCCAAAGAGAGACUAGGUAGCACACAGGAUGUCAAAAGUUUUUCUCUUGAUUUUAAAGACUUAAAGAAAUGUUUUGAAGGGAGUCCUGAACUAAUGGAGAAAGAAAAUAUCUCAGACUGCAUCUCUGAUAUGAAUAGGAGAUAUAAUGGAGAAGACACAACUGAUAUGGAAGAGAAAGGAGAACAGGCUCAGAAACCAUCUCACCAAACAAACCCCUCCAGCAAUAUUGGCAUGAAAGAAAAGAAAGACCAGACCUUGGAACUAUAUGAACCAAAUGAAAAGAAUUUCUCAUGUGAAAAAAUAGGUGCUGAAAAUGUGCAAUAUGCAUACUCUCAGAAUUUUUUUUGGUCAGAUGAAGAGAGGUAUCCACUAAAAUUACUGUUUCCUAUGCAGGAGAGGGUUGUGUGCCUAAGCAAACUAUUCCUCCCAUGGAGCAGUUUUUAUGAGUGUUUCUGUCAUCUGUCACCACUUGAAGCCUAUAAUGAAUGUAAUGUGAAAAUAUCUGUACUGGAAAAAGCAGUGGCUGUGUGUUCUCAGAGGAUAUUUCUACUCAUGCAAGAGAAUGAAAAUUACUCCAAAGAAGUCUGUAUAUUAAAACAGGAGAAUGAGAGAUAUGCUCAGCUGAUGUGUGCCCUGGAAGAGGAGAUGGAUGCGUAUUUUCAGUACCUUUUAGCAGUAGAUGAAGCUAACGUUGUUUCAUUCCAAAACUUACUUAAUGAGAAAGAGGUUUCUGGUAGAUGUUAUAAUAACUUAUCAGAAGAAAACACCAUGACCCCAGGAACACUUUUAGUUGAAACUUUCUCUAAGAACCUCCCAUGCAUUGAAGAGAAAACUAGGAAUUCUGAAAAAGACUGGUCGACAAUUGCAUCAAAUAAACUUUCCAGGAGUGCUCUAUCCCUGAAGGGAAGGAAAAUGAGGUAUUUCCAGCUGCUUUCUGACCUAAAAGAAGAAAGAAGCAGAUGCUUCAAAGAAAUAGCUAAAUUAUUACAAGACAAGGAGAACUAUGUAGCAAAAUAUAAUGAAUUAAUACAGGAGAGAGAGGAAACUUUACAAAGAAUAACUCUUUCAGAGGGUGAAAAGAAAACUUUGUUGGGACAUUUAGCAGAGAUAAAGUGUGAGCAAGACAAAUAUAAGACCUUGGUUUCAGAACUCCAAGAUUGCAAAACCAGCUGUUAUAAAAAAAUUUCUAAUUUACAGGAGGAAAAAUACGUACUGAAAAGAGAGAUAGACAGAAUCAAGAAAGAAACUUCAGAGCAGCUCAGUGAGUUUCAGAAAGCAAAUGCAAACUUUAUUUUAGAAAAUAAAAAAUUGAAAGAAUUAGUGUCUUCUUUGGGUUUUACCUAUGAAGAGCUGAGAAAAGAGAAAAGUUUGGGAACAAAGAAAAAGAUAGUAAAACUAAAAGAAGAAAGUCAGCAACAUGGUCUUAAGCCAAAGAAAGUUGAAACAGUGUGUAGUGCAACGCAAACUGAAGAAGAAGGAGUUCUGGUUAUAAGUCCUUCAAGCUAUUUCCCUGAGAAAGAGGGCAGCGCAUUUGAAAGCUACAGUACGAUGAAAGAGCAAGUUGAAAAGGCAAAAGAAGAAUUAAAGACACAGCAAAAGGAAUUAGAAAAAUCAAAAAAAGAGGCUCAGAAGUGGUACAGAGAACUUGGUUUUGCUGAAACAAGGUACGAAGAAAUCAAGGCUCGUUUGACGCAGGUUCUCGCAGAAUUAGAUCUCCUUAAACAAGAAGCUGGGGACAAAAUACUGGGAAAGCAGCACUGCAAAUUAAAGCCCGAAUAUAGUGUGAAAGAUGCCCAGGAAAAAGAGGUGAAUAAAAUAGCCAAUAUGAGAUUACAGCAGCAAGUGCUGACCUUGAAAGCUCAGCUCAGGGACCAGGCUGCAUUAGAAAAUCAGUUUUACGACCUGCAGAAUGAAGUGGAACUCCUUAAGGCUCAGCUGUGUGAAAAGGAAAAAGAACUUAAGAAGAGAAAGUCUGAAGUGAAGUUGGCAUUAGCUCCUCUGAAGGCUAAGCUGGCUUGCCUCACCCGAAAGUGCCAAGAAAGGAACAGCUUCAUUAUGAGGAUGCAUGGUGAAUUGCACAGGCAUGGAAUUAUUAACUCUGCAUUUGAUGAAGAGCUGAAAAACUUGGUGAAUGAUGUGACCCUGGCAGAGUACAUGGUCACUUUUACACCAGUGUGUGAUCAAGAGAUGCUACCUUUUUCCACAGACAUUUCACAGGCUAAUGGACAGCCACUGAAUCACGAAACACCUACCAAAGUGAAUGGGAUGACUGGGUCAAUACCUGCAAACUCUCAGCAAGAGGCAGAUAGCACCCACAGUUCUCACAUCACUUCAAAUGUGUAUGCUGGUUCUCCUAUCAAAUUAACAAGCCCGGAGAGGAUCAUAGCCCUGCAUCGAGAACUUAGACAAAACCACUGCAGAACUUACCAGAUACCUUCAGUUGUGUCCUCCAACUCAAAUCCACAGGCUGAUCGCAACUUGCCCAUGAUCCAUAAGGAAGCCCCUUGGCCUCUGCUGUCAAGGAUGAGGGAUGCACUGGUGCCUCUGGAGCGUGGUGUCUUCUCGGCCACGAAGGGGAGGGAUCGGUUGUCGAAAUGUGAUGAUGUAUUUUGGGGUCAAAUAGGAAAUCAGCAUGCAGGUGCUACUCCCCAGGGAACGAAACAGAAAAGUGCCAUUAUGAAUAAGGCAUGGCUCUCUGGAGAAAAAACAGAUGGCCCAACCUCAGCUACCACAGCAAAAAGCUAUUUGUCAGACGUGUUGUCAGCAAGUAAUAAAGGUUGAAAUCCUGUGGGGAGAAAUCAGCUGCAUGGGAAAGAAUAAAACCUGCAGAAAUAAAACAAGGGAUGGAUUUGCCAGUUGGAUCAGUCUACAUUAUUUAACAGUGAGAAGAGGCAGCCUAAUGUUUGGUUCAAAGAGAUGAUGAUGAAUUAAGAUGUUGCAAUAUGACUUUCAAUGCUGAAUACAAGAUGAUCCUCUGCGUGCGUUCAUUCCAAUUGGACUCAGUGACUUGAAAAGUCUUUUCCAAUCUAAAUGAUUCUAAAAAUGAGCACAGGCACUCUCUGAAGAUGCCAUAGAAAUUCUGGGAAUGAAAGAAUGUAUCAGUCACACAGAAGAAGCAGUAGAGCUCUGAAGGACUGAUGAAAUGUGCUUUGCCCUGGUGGUGCCUGCAGAUGCUUCGUUAUAUGAAAAAAUGAGAAGUUGCCCUGAAUUUACCAUCUGCGAUGUUUUAGCCAGCUCCUGUAGUGGAAGCUGGCCAUGUGGGCCAACCCAAUGCAUGGUUUGAGACUGAGUGUCAUUUUGUUUUCUUGGGAUCUCAGCAUUUGCAUUUUAAAGCAAUUACCAAGUUAAGCACAAUCUCUGUGCUCAUGGGUCUGCCUGCAUGGGCAUGUAAUAUCUUCAGCCUGGUAUGGCUUUAAGCAUUCCUGAAAGAGCCUUUGAUCUGAGUUGGGAUGUUUAGUAUUUCUGAGGACGCAGUACUUGAGGGUACAAACUGUUUAGCAAAUGAGACAGAAUGGCAUUUUUACAAGGGUAAGUAGGAAUUGGGAAUGUACUUCACAUGCACUGAGAAGCACUUGGAACAUCAAAGUGCUGUGUUCUAAUACUCUGAGUAUUUCAACUGCAUGAAUAGGCCACACUGAAUUCAACUUUCAGAAGAGGCAUUUGCAGGCAUACAUGCUUUUCCUGAAAUAGGUGGGUUUGGUUUGUGCACACUGGCUGGUAAUAGGACACAUGGUGCAAACACAUUUUGCAAUCGAAAUGCACACUACAGAUUACACACCCAUAACCCCUACUGUUCACCUCUGAGUACCAUUUGGGAUGGCAGGGAGAUGUGGAUGCAGGCACAAGACUUGUGGAUAAGAGGUUGUAUGUGUACAUCUAUUAAUUCUGUAACUAAAGGCACACAUUUCUAAGUCAGUGGCAAUGCUCAUGCUGACCUGAGCAGCAGCAGCCAUGGAUACUGCUCUCAAACUGCCUCUUACGUUGUGAUGCACUUUCAACUGUUUUACAACUUGUAUUUCCAUUUUUAUUUUUUUUAAUGUUGAGCUAACUGCUAGGAUGGGCUGUCUUCACAAUGCUUAGUUGCCCAUCAAUUACAAAUAUCCUUUGAAAGGAAGCAGAAGAAUAAUAAACCAUGGAAUCCCAAAUCAGAUUAAUGUAAUGUGCAUUUCUAGAUUACGAUUACUAACAAGAUAACAAGUUGUCAUGGUAACACUUGAAGCUUAAAUACAGGUUCCUAAAAUAAAGCAAUGACAUAUGUGUAGGUUUCUAUCCAUUUGCAUACUAUCCACCUGAAAAUAAUUUCUACAAUACUCAGGCAAUUAAACCCUACUUUUUCCUUCUGAGUUAAGUGUUGAACUUAAAUAUCAUGCCUCUUUCCUAGUAUUUAUGCAUAAUCUCCUACCAUAAAUUAUAAAUGUUGAUAAAGAAGCUGUCCAUUUUGUAACAUCUUAGGCUUUCUGCCUUUUGGUUUCAUUUUAGAAAAAUUAGCAUAAGUAAUGUAGAACACACUUUAUUCUUUAUGGUUGGUACCACAUUGAUGUCCUUGAAAUUCUACCACCUCCUAAUACGAAAAAUGUCUCACUGAUAUUGGAAAAGUCUGUUUAUUAAUUAAAUUGGUAGACCAGUGGUGCAUUUCAUGUGGCUGAGGGUUGGGAAUUAAAAUCCCAACUUUACCUCAAAUCACUGCAAGAAAGCAGUAAACUUUCAAUGUGAGAUUGCUGGAGAGCCUAGCUAUUAUUUUCUAGUUGCCUUACAGUGAAAAGUGUUGUCUAUUUGUUAUAGAGUCUAACUUUCUUUCACUAAGCAGAAGUUAACUUGUUUAAUGUGCUGUCUAUGGUAAAGGUGCCAGGAUGCAUAACAUGUAUUGUCAUUUUGUGUUAAACUUUCACAGAAUGCGAAAUUGGGCACUUUGCUCUGAUUGCUUUAUAUGCACAGUACUGCUUUGACCAAAUUCUUUAGUCAAAAUUAAGAUGCUGCAAAGUUCUUUCUAAGUAAAUACGAUCUUCUUCUGUCACCCUAAAUAGACAAAAUAGGCAGUGUUACAUGGAAAAUAUGAUUUCUUUGGCAGUUCACUUAUGUAUACUGUACUGUAGAGACCGCUGGAGGAUAUUGAAAAUAUAGCUUACAGGUUGCUCUUUACGCAACCUUUAAAUCCCAAAUUCUGUUCUUCACACCUCUGUAGAUGGCAAAUGCUGAAAGUAAAAUGAUUGCCUCCAGCAUGAUAAUCAUGUUACAUUCAGAAUAAUACAGUUGCUGGGAUAUAUUUCAUAUACACGGCAGAGUUUCUAGGAUAAACCUCCUGCUAAGGCAUGGCUGAUGUUUGUCCUUGUGGCCUUUUGAAUAGUGGAAAGUCUGAUUUGUGUUUCAUAAAUCUGCCUGUAUUUCUCACAUGCAGAUGAAGGGUUUUAGUAUUUGAAUUUACUGUUGUUGUGGGGUGGAGGGAGGGACAUGUGCAUGCUGGGUUUUGCCACUAAUCCUUUGGAAAUCCUUUAGUGCCUUAAGGAGGCAAAGGGGGAACAGACCUUAGGAUUACAGAAACUUGUUCAAACCUCUUUCUUGCUUAAGCAGAAUUCCUUUAAAAUAUAUUGUGCCUUUGGCUCCAAAUAUAUUUGCAUUAGAAAUCAGUAGACAUGGGAUUAUGGACAGGACUUCUUGCCCCUGUACAAAUGUUAGGAAAGAGAGCAUACUGUUUCUUAUAUAGGAUGUGAAUUAAAAAUACAGCUUACUUAAAUUCUACUGUUGAGAUCCAUGAAUACUAGGAAAGUUGCAAGUUGCAGUUAAAGCCAGGAAAAAGAAAAAAAAAAAAAGAAAAGGAGAAAGUUUAAAUAUACUAGAUUAAAUACUUGUAUUACUAAAGUGACUGGCAAAUUUCCACUGGCUUCCCUGGGACCAACCAAUAUUUCAUGCUUGCUUCUACUUGGCUUAAGAAAUUCUCACAUGUGAUAGACACAUGGGCAUCAUGCUCUCUUUAACACAGUUUAUGCACAUAUUGGAGGAAAAGAGAGAUUAGUAGUUGUGGAGAUCUGCCUUGAUUUGGAGUUGUUUGGAUCUAUGGUAUAAAUCUCUGUUCACUGUUGUUUCUCUGUGUAACAUAGACUCUUGCUAUGGGAAUAUGAAUAUGCAAAUGUAAAUUCCAGUGCGAGAGGUUACUGUGCAGUGUGCACUAACCGAUGCCAAGCAACUACAUUUCUCUACUCUCUGAACUCUGGUCUUUUUGAAAAAGAGGGAAAAUGUAGCUAACCGAUGAAAACCACUCCUGUGCCAAAAAAGCCUGUAUGAGGCAAUUCAUGUACUCACUGAUGGUCCUAAGCAGCUCUUAGGAAAAACUGAAUAAGCUUUUAGCUCAUGAGUGAAUUUUUAUCUUCAAGGAAUUAAGAGCAAUUUGCUAAAAAAAAAAAAAAAAAAAACAACCAAAAAAAAACCAACAAAAAAAACAGAAUGAAAAAAAAUGAAGGCCUGAAAAUCAGACUGGUGGUGGUCUUCUGUUUUGCUCCCUGGGAUGACAAACAAGUUUUAAAGAAUAUGUAAAUAGUUUAAAGAAAAUCAUUACAUGGCUCGCAGUAUGUAAGACAAGGCCCAGCAUGGAACAGAUUUUUAUAGCUCAUUUAUAAAUUACACUUCUGCCUUUUGUUUGGAACUUGGAAAAGGAAACAGUGUAAAUCAAAUAAGAAGUGAAGACUUACUGCACACAUUUGUUGACUGAAACAAAAAUAUUUCCCCACCUCGUGAGGUAUUAAGGAGUAAUCUGGGUUGAAUAAUGUACGGAGUUCUUGCCUUUCGAGCUCUAGUGCUGUACAACUAUUUAACUCUGCAAAGCCAGCAGAGGGGUGGUAACCAGAAGUCAUGAAAAUCAGUUUUUAGGGCCAAAAUUUCAUAUUUUAGGGCCAAAAAGAGGUACCAAAGAAUGCAUAAAAAGGUUGAGGUUUAUGGUGUGAUACUUAUUAAGCAGGUAUACCAGCUAGACUGGGGCGAGAGGGGUGUUUGUAAAUAAAUGCAAAAAAUUUAAACUCUGACCCAUGACGACUCUGUAACUGGGUGUCAAAUUAUUUCAGCUAAGUGAGAAGCUUCAAGAGUAUGAGACAGGCCACUCAUAGUUUAACUGUUCCAUUAAAACCUUCUGGGUAACUUUUCAGCAAAGUUUUCCACUCUAAGACAUUUGUCAUUAAUAUCAACUGUACAUAUGUAUUAAUUUUCAUUGUAAGUAGGGACAACACAGAAUUGUAAUGAAGUCACAAAGUCUACUUGAUGAUUAUCACAGAUUUGUAACUCUCACUUAAAUUAUGUAAGAUACGUUGACAUUUUAUCUUGUUAACAAGAUGUAUUUUUCUAUGUUAGUCAAAUGUACAAUUUGUAUAAUUUUGUAUAAUAAAUGUAUGCAUAUUUUAAAUUAAAAACGUCAUAAUUU